GCUCAGUUGAUUUGCAGUGUUUAUCUAUUCAAGUUGAUUCUAAAUUUAAAUCCUUGAUUAUGCUCGAACCGAGUAAGAGUCUGACGAGGAAACUGCUGGACCUGAUGCAGGACACGGGGUACCCGCUGGUGCAACACAAUGGGCAGAGGAAGUACGGCCCUCCACCGAAUUGGACAGGCCCGCCGCCGCCGAAGGGAUGUGAAGUGUUCAUAGGAAAGCUUCCACGAGAAGUCUUCGAGGAUGAACUCGUGCCAAUGUUCUCUCGCGUCGGCAAGAUCUACGAAAUGCGCCUGAUGAUGGACUUCUCCGGAUCAAACCGUGGUUAUGCUUUUGUUACCUACUCUACGCCGAUGGAGGCUUACAGAGCAACUAAAGAACUCAAUGGCUUGGAAAUAAGGAAGGGUAGGCAUAUUGGGGUCGUCAAAUCUGUCGACAAUUGCCGACUGUUCGUCGGUAACAUUCCUAAGUCUAAAACCAAGGAAGAAGUCAUGGAAGAGUUGUCCAACCGCGUAGCUGGUAUCGUCGACGUAAUAUUGUAUAAAAAUGCUUAUGACCGAAGAUUGAACAGGGGCUUCGCGUUUGUGGAAUUCACUUCCCACCGAGCUGCUGCCAUGGCUAGGCGAGCUCUUGUACCUGGCUGCAUAAAAUUGUGGGAUCAAGAUGUUAUGGUUGACUGGGCAGAGCCAGAACCAGAUGUAGACGACGAACAGAUGAAAACUGUUAAAGUGCUCUAUGUUCGAAACUUCUUAAUAAAAACUACGCCAGAAUGCAUCCAAUCUGUAUUCGAAGCUGCUAUAAACAACAAAAUACAGCGCGUGAAAAAGAUUUACGAUUACGCUUUCAUACAUUUCCACGAGCGCGAACACGCAGAGCUAGCUAUGCAGAAAUUGCAAAACGCCGACAUAGAUGGCAGUAAUAUUGAAAUUCGUUGGGCAAAGCCGGUCGUACGCGAAUUGUAUAGAAUACAAAAGCUGAGCAGAGGCAAUGCGAAAUUCAACAACCUAGAUUUUUCUCAGACCCUAUUGCUUUACAAACAGCACCUGGAAAGAAAAGAAUACGUGAACUCGCGGAAAGAAGACGAAGGUAUUGGGUCUGCUUGUGCAGGAUCAGUCUGCGAUUCUACUGAUGUGAAGCCUUUCACAUAUGAUCCAAAGCAAAAUCAAUAUCCUAUGGCUCCGGCUAAGCUGGAUUCAAUGUGUAAGAGAUACAUGUGGGCUCCACCAAUAUAUGAAUACCAGAAAAAUCUGGAUGCAUCAGGAAAUGAAAUUUGGACUGGUAAAGUGGAGUUGCCAUAUGUUGGGCUACCCUUGCUUACUAUUCCUAGACACAUAGGCCCACUCAUGACUUCUGCAUGUUACUCAAUGCAACAAGCACAAGUGGAAGCGGCAGAGAGUGCAUUAAAUUAUAUUAAGAUGCUAAGAACAGACCUAAUUCAACGCUCAACAUUAACACCCAUGCAACCAGUAUAUCCAUCCAUGCUUCAGCCAAUGCAGAGUUGUGUAAGCUUCCCAUACCCAUCUGUCUUUCCCAGUCCUCCACCAAUGCAAGUUGCAGCUCCUGCCAUCUGGAGAAGUGUUUGAAAACUACAUAGGACAGUAGUUUAUAGGAUUGACUACAUUCAAAUAUCUGCUUUAUUUUAAUAUAAUAAGGUGGUAUUUGGUUUAAUGUUAUAUGGACUGAACAUGUUUUAUUGAUGAGAUGGCUGUAGGUAGGUGAAUAUUUGGUAUAAUUUGACAAUUUCUGUGUAAGCAAAAUGUAGACGCCCAUUUUGUUUUGUUCUUGCUUAUUAUGACAAUAAGUGAAACAAAGGUGAAAAUGGUCCUAUUCUUACAAAUAGAUAACACUUGACUACUUCAGCAAUUAUUUUAUCCAGCUUUAUUACCAUUAUCAUAAGUUAGUUUUAAGACUGAGGCAAUCUUUACUUCGUGAAGUGUCUAUGCAAUGCUUGCUUGUGUUUAUAACAAAGUAUAUUCAGAGAUAAUGCAUUGUACCCUACUUAAACUUCUGAAUCUGUAUUUUGUAAACUGAUAAUAAAUAUUUUGAUUGAC